AUGCCACUCUCUCCCUCAAUACUCAAAUCUCUAACAUCUCCAACAAUUUCUCCUAUUGCCAAAUCAACUCCAAAACUCACACAAAGUGCUCUUGGUUGGGCUGCUCAAGACUCCUCUGGCAAGUUAACACCAUUUAUGUUCAAGAGAAGAGAAAAUGGUCUAGAGGAUGUGACCAUCAAGAUCUUGUAUUGUGGGAUGUGUCGUACAGAUGUACACUUUGCCAAGAAUGAUUGGGGCAACACAAACUAUCCUAUUGUCCCUGGGUAUGAAAUUAGUGGAAUUGUAAUUAAGGUGGGAAGCAAUGUGUCAAAGUUCAAGGUAGGUGAAAGAGUAGGAGUUGGAUAUGUGGCUGCUACAUGUUUGGAUUGUGAGCUUUGCAAUAGCUUCCAAGAGAACUAUUGUGACCAAAUGAGACCUGUCUACAAUAGCAUUCAUUGGGAUGACACUCCCACCUAUGGUGGUUACUCCACAAUCAUGGUUGCUGAUCACAGAUAUGUAGUGCACAUACCAGAGAGCUUGCCUAUGGAUAGAGCAGCACCACUAAUGGGAGCUGGCUUGACAGUGUACACUGCCAUGAAAAAUAGCAACUUAUUUGAGUCACCAGGCAAACAUAUGGCUGUAAUAGGUUUAGGUGGUGUUGGGCAUAUGGCUAUCAAAUUUGGGAAGGCUUUUGGUCAUCAUGUUACUGUUAUUAGCACCUCUCCUUCUAAAGAAAAAGAUGCCAAAGAGAAAUUGGAUGCUGAUGGCUUUAUCUUGAGCACUGACCUCAAACAAAUGCAGAGGAACAGAAGAAGUUUAGAUUUUAUUAUUGACACAGUAUCAGCAAAGCAUUCUUUAGGGCCUUAUCUUGAGCUCCUAAAAGUGAAUGGAACUAUAUCAAUUGUGGGAGAACCAGCUCAGCCAAUUGAAGUCCCAGCUACACCUUUGAUCUAUGGCAAAAAAGUUGUUAGGGGUAGCAUUAUUGGAAGUGUGAAGGAGUUACAAGAGAUGAUGAAUUUUUGUGGCAAACACAACAUCUUGUGUGAGAUAGAGCUUGUUACAAUUGACAAAAUUAAUGAAGCCUUUGAUAGGCUUUCCAAGAAUGAUGUUAAGUUUCGAUUUGUCCUCAAUGUAGCUGCCCACCAAUAUUCCUCAAGGCUUUAGAAACUACAUUUCUUGUUCAAGUAUUGUUUGAAAUUGUUAUUGUAAGUUAUUCUCAUGUAUCUCUACUUUUUGCACUUUAAAUUAUGUGUGAUUUUUGGACUUCUCACAUUUGUUCGAGUCUCAAUGUGAAUAUCAGACAUCAAGUAAAAAUAAAUA